AACCUGACAGCUUUGACCUACCUCAUUCUGGACUCCGCUGCUGCAAUAAUGACCGUCACAGCGUCAAUGGAAGAUGUGUUGAGGCCACAUCAUUCCCGCCCUGCGCCACCUUCAUAUCCUAGGGUCCCCCCGACUAGCCCACCAGACGUGGACGAGGACGAGCCUUUCGAUACCUUACUCGACGUAUUGACGCUCAGAGCGGAGAGCGGGGUACAUUUGGACACCUUGAUGUUCACGGAAUGUGGCAUACAUGAACAUACCGUGUCUCGAUUUCGGGAAGAGGCUGUCGUGAAAGAGGCUGUCGUUUGGGAUGCCAAGCCAACGAAGCUAAGAAGGGAUUCUCCACGGUCAAUCGGAGAGAAAAUCAUUCUCGCUAUGGGUUUAUUUUGAUACAUCGUGGCCAACUAUCAGCGGGCCAUACAUGGUAUCAGAGUUUUCUCUAGUCGAAUCGCCGCAUUAAUUCCUUCGCCGUGUCAAAUCCCUUCUAAUAGACAGUCAUUCUUCAGCUAGUUCUACCAUGCGCUUUCCGCUGCCAUCACCAUGCCCUAUCGAACAAUACACAGUUACGUGCAUGGCCACACUGGCCAUAUCAUCUAAGU